UUUUUUUGGCGCAAUAAAUUGACACAUAACCUCUAAAAAGUACAGUCCGGGAAUAAUUUGGCUUUUCUGUGUGUUUUAGUUAGGAAUUUCUCGUGCCUUUUUACCAGUCGACGCAUAAAUGUGUUAUUUAGUAGGAGAAAAUGUUUAUUGACGAUCUGAGGAAUGAUUUCUACGGCAAUCUUGUGGGAAAGCGUGUUCUUGUCAUUGUUAACUACGAUAUUGAUGGACUCUGUGCCAGUCGAAUCCUCCAGGCUCUGUUCCAGAAUGACCAAAUCCUCUAUUCCAUUGUGCCCAUUAUGGGGAUCUCUGGACUCCAGAGGACCUGCACAGAACACCGUAGUGACACAAAAAACAUCCUUCUGAUCAAUUGUGGCGGAUGCAUAGAUAUUCUUGAGACUUUGCAGCCGGAAGAGGAUACAAUCUUCUUCAUCUGUGACUCCCAUCGACCUUACGAUGUCUGCAACAUCUACAAUGACGGACAGAUCAAAAUCCUAGGAAAGCCCAAUGAAGAGGAGGGAAUACCAGAAUUCGAAAGUAUCUUCAGGGAUUCAGACUCUGAGGAGGAUGAUAGUGAAAGUGAAGAUGAAGAUGCCGAAGAGGGCGAACAAAUGUCGAGAAUGCAGAAGUUUGAGGCAAAGAUGGAGAAACAGCGUCAGAAGAGGAUUUGGGAAGCAGAUAGGAAUCGCAUAAUGUUUGAAUACAGCCAAUUCAGCUACUACGGAAAGAGUUCAGCCCUGAUGCUCUUCGAACUGGCCUGGAAGCUAUCCAAGGACUCCCUGGAUAUGCUCUGGUGGGCAAUUGUGGGAGUCACUGAGCAAUUGGUGCUGGGAAAGAUUGAAAGUGCAACUUACACGCUGGAGUGCAAUCAAAUCCAGUCGCACGUUUCGCGAUUAACCAACAAAGCCUCUGACCAGACCAUUCAGACUGCGGUCAGGAUAACCUUCGAGAAUGACCUUCACCUGGCCAUGUACAGACACUGGAGUGUCCAUGAAUCCCUGAGGCACUCCAUCCACUCGGCAUGUAAGAUGCGCCUGUGGACAGGACGCGGCGAGAAACGCCUGCAGGAGCUUUUGGUGGAAAUGGGACUUCCUCUAGUUCAGGCCCGUCAAACCUUUGGGUCGAUGCAGCUGGUGCUCCGGAAAGAAUUUUACGGGACCAUUGAGAAGUUGGCUGAGAAAUAUGAUCUGGUUGAUCUGAUCUAUGGCUCUUUCACUCUCAAUUACGGCUACAGAUAUCGCUAUUCAGCGUCUGACUAUGUGUACUCGCUGCUGGCCAAUCUGGAGGCCAUAGGACCUGAUCGACUGCCGGAAAUGUGUUUUCUGGAGGCCAUGGACAGCCUGGGUAGGGCGAAUAGGGCUAAAUUGGAUGGGGGCAUUGAGAGGGCUAAGCAUUUGCUGACCGGGAUCUUCCGGCAGGUUCAGAGUGUCCUGGAGAUGCAUCAGGUGAAAGCAGCCGGUCCUUUUCUCUACUACAUCCUCACGGAGGAGAAUAGUCUCUUCUGCUGCCCCUACAGUCUCACCCUCCUCACCCAAUUCAUCCUGAGAGCCCAUGUAGCCACAUCCCGAAGCCGGCGCACUCCAGACAUGCCCCUGGUGGCGAGUUGUCCGGUGGAUCUCGAAAGGGGUAUCUUCCUCAUGAUCGGAAUCCCUCCAACGCGGGAAGAUAGCCCAAAAAAUCUCUUUGGCAGAGCUUUUGAGCAAGCUGCCCUCAAAGCCAGUGCCACCAUCUCGCCAGACUUCUUUGACACAUCAUUCAUCCAGAUCAAACGGGAUGACAUUGAAAGAUUCCUGGACGCUCUCACUGUACUCCUAAGAUAAUUUAUUUUAAAAAACUAGCUGCUAAAUUCAUUUUUUUAAAUACAAUGAGAUUCAUCGAAAAGAAA